AUGGAUACGGCCGUCGAGUAUGCAAUCCCGGCAUAUUUGAAGCUGGAAGGGCGCACCUGGACGGCUACGCCAUCUCCCCGGACUACGGCUUCCUCCCCCACUGGCCUUCCUCUUUCCCGACUCAGCGCACCCUACUACGCGCCCUGGGAGGAUCUUGCCUCUGAUCUCCCUCGACUCAUUCAAACCGGCCAAAUCAGGCCACUAAUCGACAACCUCCCCGUGUUGACGACAGCAUCGUUACAAUCCGAACCAGAAUGGCGUCGUGCAUACAGCGUGCUAGGAUUCCUAACGCACGCGUAUAUCUGGGGCGGCGAGAAACCACAAGAUCCACUCCUCGAGAUCUCAGCGCACCUUGGCCUCCCGCCCUGCGCAACAUACGCAGCUUUGACUCUAUGGAACUGGACCACGUUCCCAGAAGCAGACGUCACAAAUCCCGACAACCUAUCCCUCCUGACCUCCUUCACCGGCACAAAAGACGAGGAAUGGUUCAUCGUAAUCUCCGUCGCUAUCGAAGCAAAAGGGGCGCGUGUCGUCCCACUAAUGCUCGACGCCAUCGCUGCAGCCACAGCCAACGACGCACCACGUCUCACCGCAUUGCUGUGCAGAUUUUCUGACAUCCUGGAAGACCUUACCGUGACGCUGAAGCGGAUGUACGAGAAGAAUGACCCCAAUGUAUUCUUCCACCAGCUCCGGCCGUUCUUGGCAGGUAGCAAGAAUAUGGCUGCUGCAGGUUUGCCAGACGGUGUUUUCUAUGACCUUGGAAAUGGCCAGGGAGAAUGGGGUCAGUACAGUGGUGGUAGUAAUGCGCAGAGCUCGCUCAUUCAGACAUUUGAUAUUUUUCUCGGGGUGAAUCAUUCUGCGACGGGAGAUGUUAAGCCUGCUGGAACUGGGUACAUUCAGGAAAUGCGCAAAUAUAUGCCCUCGCCCCACAGGAACUUCCUCCAAACCCUCGCCAAGCUCACCAACACCCGCCGCUACAUCCUCAGUUCCACCGACCAAUCCCUGAAAGAAGCAUACAACUCCGCCGUUCUCUCCCUCAGUUCCUUCCGAGACGCGCACAUCCAGAUCGUCUCGCGGUACAUCAUCAUACCUGCCAAGUCACGCGCGCCGGAGCAGAAGACUGAGAGGGUGAAUCUAGCAACGGCUAGCUCGCAGGUCAAAGGGUUGGAGGACAAGAAUCCGACUGGUCUUUAUGGAACGGGUGGAACUAGUUUGAUUCCGUUUUUGAAGGAGACGAGAGAUACCACCAAGGCUGCUACUUGCUAA